GCGCGGGGCGGCGCUGGCCGUCACUGGGCGAGCGGCGCUGGCCGGGCUGUGCGCGCGAGCCGGGAGCGGCGGCGGCGGCUGGGUUUCCCUGUGCUCGGCACCUCUAACUUGGGAACUGUCCACCAGCGUGAGCUCCUGAACAUGAGCCGCCUCUCUCUCUACCUGCUCGGAUUGCUCCUCAGUGGCGGGCAAGCUCUUCUUCAAGUGACUAUUUCACUUAGCAAGGUAGAGCUUAGCGUCGGCGAAUCCAAAUUCUUCACAUGCACAGCAAUUGGGGAGCCAGACAGUAUAGAUUGGUACAAUCCACAAGGAGAGAAGAUUGUUUCUAGUCAAAGAGUGGUCAUUCAAAAAGAAGGUGUUAGAUCACGGCUAACCAUUUACAAUGCAAAUGUAGAAGAUGCUGGGAUAUAUCGGUGUCAAGCAACUGAUGCAAAAGGACAGACUCAAGAAGCUACUGUUGUUUUGGAAAUUUAUCAAAAGCUCACUUUCCGAGACAUAAUAACCCCACAAGAAUUCAGACAAGGAGAAGAUGCUGAAGUGGUUUGUCAUGUUACUAGUUCACCUGCACCUGUUGUCAGCUGGUUAUAUCGAAAUGAGGAAGUCACAACUAUUGCCGACAAUCGAUUUGUGAUGUUACCAAACAACAAGCUCCAAAUUCUUAAUAUCAAUAAAAGUGAUGAAGGAAUAUAUAGAUGUGAAGGAAGAGUGGAAGCUAGAGGAGAAAUUGACUUUCGGGAUAUCACAGUUAUCGUGAAUGUUCCUCCAGCAAUUAUUUUGCUACAGAAGUCCUUUAAUGCGACAGCAGAUCGGGGAGAGGCAAUUACUUUAUUCUGUAGAGCCACUGGCUCUCCUGAACCUGAAAUCAGCUGGCAUAGGAAUGGCAAACUUAUUGAUGAAAAUGAAAAAUAUAUUUUGAGAGGAAGCAGUACAGAAUUAACAAUCAGAGAUAUCAAAAAUAUUGAUGCAGGUCCUUAUGUUUGUGGAGCAAAAAAUAAAGCAGGAAAUGAUAAAAAACAGACAUUCCUCCAAGUUUUUGUACAGCCUCAGAUAAUACAUCUUAAAAAUGAAACCACAUUUGAAAAUGGUCAAACAACACUGAUAUGUGAGGCAGAAGGAGAACCUGUCCCAGAAAUUACUUGGAAAAGAGCCAUCGAUGGAAUAACUUUUUCUGAAGGUGACAAGAGCCCAGAUGGCCGUAUAGAAGUCAAAGGGCAACAUGGAAAAUCGUCACUGCAUAUUAAAGAUGUGAAGUUGUCAGAUUCAGGGAGAUAUGACUGUGAAGCUGCAAGUAGAAUUGGUGGGCAUCAAAAGAGCAUGUACCUUGAUAUUGAAUAUGCUCCAACAUUUGUGUCAAAUCAAACCUUGUAUUAUUCUUGGGAAGGCAAUCCUAUCAAUAUAAGUUGUGAAGUACUAUCUAAUCCUAUAGCUUCAGUUCACUGGAGAAGAGGAAAAUUGGUUUUACCGGCAAAAAAUACUACCCAUUUAAAGACUUACAGUGCAGGAAGAAAGCUGAUAUUAGAGAUUGCUCCCACAUCUGACAAUGAUUUUGGGAGAUACAACUGCACAGCUACUAAUAGAAUAGGAACAAGACAUCAGGAAUAUACCCUUGGACAAGCCGAUGUGCCAUCUAGUCCCUACGGAGUAAGAAUUAUAGAGUUGUCACAGACUAUUGCCAAGGUCUCUUUCAAUAAACCAGAUUCACAUGGAGGUGUGCCCAUUCAUCAUUACCAAGUGGAUGUGAAAGAAGUUGCUUCAGAAACUUGGAAAGUAGUGCGCUCCCAUGGAGUUCAAACAAUGGUUGUUCUUAGCAAUCUGGAACCGAACACAACGUAUGAAAUCAAGGUUGCAGCUGUAAAUGGAAAAGGACAAGGAGAGUAUAGCAAAAUUGAGAUCUUUCAGACUUUACCUGUUUGUGAGCCAAGCCCUCCAUCAAUUCACGGACAGCCAGGCAGUGGAAAGAGCUUUAAACUUAGUAUAACUAAACAGGAUGAUGGAGGAUCCCCCAUAUUGGAAUAUAUCGUGAAAUACAGAAGUAAAGAUAAGGAAGACCAGUGGCUAGAGAAAAAAGUACAGGGUAGUAGAGACCACAUAAUCUUAGAGCAUCUGCAAUGGACCAUGGGUUAUGAAGUGCAAAUUACUGCUGCCAAUAGACUGGGUUAUUCUGAACCAACAUUCUAUGAGUUCAGCAUGCCACCAAAGCCCAAUAUUAUUACUGAUAGAUGCUGCGAAGCCACUAAAGGUGAAAAUGGAAGCCAAUCAUGGCAGCAAAAUGCUGCUAGUUUUUCUUUCAUUGUAGCCAUAAAUCUGUUGUCCAUGUUUUGAUAUUACUAAUAAGACAAGCAGCAUGUUCUCUUCGUUUCCCUAGGAAUGUUAUUUUUAAGGGUGAAAUAAAUAAAGACCUGGAUAAAAAUUAGACUUUCUGGAAAUCUUCUAAAGUAUACAUUUUUAAUUAAUAUCAUAAUGGAAGUAACUGAUCAAUCUAUGCAUAAAAAAUUCUCAUAGGUGGCUUUUUUAUCAACACAGAAACCAUAUGUCUCAUUACAAACACAAACUGACAAUGAUUGGCUGUUCUUCUGUGUUUAUGAUUUUAUUCAUUUUUUCUCAGUUAUAGUUUGUUUACCUAAGAAACAUGUGCAUAGACUUUUAUAUGUCAUUGUUCGUGCAGUGGGUUCUCAUGUUUGUCAUGUGUGUCUUUCAUGAGAGUAUUUUGAUCCCAUAUAUGUCCCUCUGCAUGUAUUUCCUUUUAAAAAGCAUUUAUAUAAUAUUUGUUCUAUCAAAUAUUCUGCUUCAUUAGCUACUUUUGCAGUAUUUAAUACUAAACUGUAUGCAUAUUAGAAUAUUUUAUGCUUUAACAAUAUAGGAUGGUUUUAAAGUAUUCAUCCCUAUCUCAGUUAAGCUUUGUAAAUUUCCCUAGUUAGUCUAUUUUACUUUCUUUUUUCCUCUCUACCGAAAUGCCUCUAUCCACAUAAUAGGUCCUUUACAGUUAUAUCCCAAGGUGAUGACCACUUAUGGCCCCUGUGCCUGCUUUUCGAAAAAGGAAAGCUGCCAUUCCCAACCCUUAUUUCCAAAGCAUGUGUUGGUCAUGAAAGACAAGUUCAGAGUUCUUUUUCUUGAACUGUAACAAAGAACAGUAAACAUAGUUAUGACUCAUAUGAACUGUUUAUUGCACAGUUGGUAUACUUAAAAAAGUAGGCCAGAUUAUGCAGUUAGAUUCAUGUCGGCAGACCUUUCUUUGUGCAUAGAGAUUCAUUCAUGGUGAGGAUCCACAUGGAUGUAAAGGUUUACUCAUAUGGAUCUGAUCAUGGUAUUAGAGACUAAAGAGGUGGAACUCAUAAUCCUAUUACAUAUUUCAUAAUCCUAGAAAGCAAUGCGGUUCCAGAGUAAGGCAGAAACUAGAGCUUUGUGUUAAGAACUCUUUUCAAAAAGUAAAAUUACUGCUGUGAAAUUGUGCAAUUCUUCAGGACGGUAUGAUCUUGUGAGAAAACAUUGAGAUAUUGAACAAAAUUAUACAAUAUUUUGAAACCUUUUCCUUUGUUUUCAUUCUGUGCUUUUUUUAAAAGGUUAUAAAUAUACCUUAUAUUUGAAGAAAGAUUUGCCCAUAUCAGCAUAUCUGCUAAAGAAAAACUGAGCAUCUUCACCAAUGUAAAGGAAUGUUUUCACAUAUUUAAAAACUUGUAAAUGACAAUUUUUACCAGUUUCAAAUAAUUCCUGAAAGCUUUCACUUUAGAAGAUAAUUGGUAAAUCCACUUGUAGUAUAUCAUAUCAGAUAUGGUCUUUUAGAAAAAUGAUCUUGCAUGGCUGAUCUCUCAUCCAAGAGGGUAUCCUUUUCCCAAAAUGCAUAUGUGUAACUCCCAAGACUAACUUACAUGCAUUUAUAGAAAGACAUCCCUGUCUAUAAACUGAAAUAUCUGGUACAACUAGGAAUCUUAAGAUCUGAUCCAGAAACCACUUUGUGUGAAAUCCUGGCCCCAUUGAAUUCAAUGGCAAAAAUCCUACUGAUUUAGGUGGAGCCAUGGUUUCAUCCCUGGACUCCCCCCUACCCCCCACUAUAUUACAUCCUUUUUAUAUCACUGUAAUUCCAUUAAUUUGAAUGGAGUUACACCAGCAUAAAAUUUGUGUGAAAGAGUGGAGAAUCAGACUUCCUCGUCAAUAUACCUACUUAUGGUAAUUCAGCAUUUUAGCAGCAAUUCAGCAAGGGGCUUCAGAGUCCCCCUAACUUAAGUGAAACAUGUGCUCAAGUGUUGUGCUGUGCUGGAGCCUGAAGCCAUAAAUGACUGUUUGAUCUGGCACUGAAAAAGCAGUUUAUUUUUCAUAGAAACUAUUAUAUUUAUCUGGAUUAUAGGUGGAGUUGUAAGCACCGAUUGUAGUUAAAGUUGCCUAACACACUCCAGUCUAAGAACCUGUUUUCAGUUGCUUAUAACUGCCAAAUUCUAACAGUGUGUUCUAAAAUUUUUAAUAAUUUGUCUGGCUCAGGCUGAUUUUUUGUUGGGGGAAAGUUUCAGGGUUUUCUUCAGCCAUUUCUGAAAACAAGCUUUGGGGAUAAUAUAUUGUUUUUCCCAUGCUAAAAAAAAAAUGUACAAACUUUUUGUUGAGAAAUUCUAGUGCCUUCUUGCUUUGGGGCAGAUACUGGAAAUUUGUAGACAUAUUGCCUUUGUAUCAGGAAUGUGUCUUUUGCUGUCCCCAUGUAGAAAUGCCCAAAUGUGGCCUAGUUAUAAACCUCUGAAACUCUCACUCCGUACACCUUCAGUAGAGAUUUGUUGAGUUUGGCAGUUAAAUUCUCAGAAUCUGUUUCUGCUGUUCAUACUUCAGCCCAAGGAUACAGGGUCUGAAUUGGAGUUUCCCUGCAAAUACUAUUUCCUGCUGCCAGUGGCCUCUUUGGUCCUGGGGACAGAACCAAGAAGAGCAGGAAGACUUUCUCUGUUGUGCUUUCAGUGCUCCCCCUGCGUAGGAGGAAGCAAAGUGUCUAGAAGGCAGAGAGCAAAAGUUGCAUGAGCAGUGUCAGAGGAAGUAGCCUGGGACAAGGAGAAUGGGGCUGCGAGCUGGUGGGGAGGAGGGCAUUGGGACUGAAAACAAGGAGAGGAGGGGGGACUGGGACUGGCUGGACAUGGAGAAUGGAACUGGGAGUCAGAGGAAAACAGGAACACCAGGGUGCUGGAAGACCUAAUGGGAUGUGAGUGGACACUAAGAUUGAUAAGGAUCCUGGGUGAGCAGGAUACUAGGACUUAUUGGGCAAGGUGCCUAGAGAGUUCUUGGCUGAGGAGCCCCAUUGAGGGAGACUGGGCCUGGGAACUGCAUUUGUGGGAAGACUGUGACUCAGAAGGGGAGCCUGGAAUUGCCUAAAGAAGAUGAUUGGGACUGGGAAAGGGAAAUGGCAUGGAGGAGACUCAGAUGAAGAGCUAAGGGUGGGAGAGACAGGACAGAGACAGGCGGGGGGGUGGGGGGAGGCACCAGGCAGAAAGGAUCAGGUUUGGUGGGGAGAAAGGGUAGAGAGAUCUGUGACCACUAGAGCAUGCUUAUCCCAGAUGAAGCCCGAGAUGCCCAAGUUUCAACUUUCCUCUUCUGUCUGCAAAACAGUUGUAAAACACACUGGCAAAAAGUGUCCUCUUUGUGACAGUCCACAUAGACAAUAGCAACCUGCCUUCAUCUGUCUGUAUCUCUGUUCCCCAUACGUAAUAUGGAAAUAAUACUACACAGGCAUGUUUAGGAAAAUAAAUUACUAAUCUUUGUGAAGCACUCAGAUAUUAUAUUAAUGAGCACCAUAGAAUAGCCCAUGAGGAAAAUAAUUCUGUCUUCAGAGCAGGAUUUAAAUAGUGUGCAUUAAAUAAGUCCUGGGGCCACAUAUUGAACUAGGAAGAGAAAAUAAAAUUUUGAAUAGCUGCUUAUUUAGUGAGCACCAGCCAUUCUCUGCCCUGAAUGAGGGAAGGGUCCUGUGCAAAAAAUAGUAUGUGAUCAUAUCAUUAAAAACUAUCAUAGUGCAUGCACACAAGGACAGGCGUAGGCAACCUUAAUUUUGCAGUUCCUGAUGUUUGAGUGCUUGAUUUACAACCUUAACAUUUUUUAAUGUGUGUAAUGUAUCAUACAUUUCCUUUGUUCUUCCCUCUUAAAAAACAAAACAAAAACCUAUUAAGGACAUAUGUGCAAAAGCAAAAUGUUUGUUUCUAAACAGUUUACCUUCUCCUUGCUCCCCAUGUGAAGUACUCCUCUGUUAUCACAACAAACAGUUCUGAUAUUGCAGACAGACAUGUAGGAUGGCAAAUGAAAAAUAAUGAGCAGGCACACAGAAUCUGAUGAAUUCGAACGUAUUUAAAAGACCCACUGAAGCUUUAUGGAAAACUUAGUAAAACCUUAAUGGGAGUUAAAUCUGUGUCUUAGGAGGCAACCUGGAUUCCAUUAUCCCCAAGGGAGCAUAUUUAUGUCAUAGUUCCCAUAGGGAGUGGAGACAAUGAGAAAGCUUUAUAUCACUUGUACUUCUUCCCCUGAUCCUGAGACUAGGGCUGGGUUUAGGGGCCUGAAAUCAGGGCAACCGUUCCAGGUAUCAACAUUCCUGGGCACUAGAUCAUCACAUUCGGUUACCAAAUCUCCAUUUUUGUUUCUUUGUGAUAAUGGAGUUUAUUUAAAAAUUUAAAAAACUAAAUUGUUUUUUAAGCUUACUCCAUUUGGGUGGUGGGUGGAUACUGAAAAUAUUUUCUACCCUGGAAAAUAAAGGGCCCUGGGAUCAACUAGGUACUGGACCAAUCAUCAGGUUAAAUUAGAGAAAUCUCAGGGCUAUUGGUAACUUACAGCUAGCCGCCUAGUACAGCUGGAGAUUCAUGGCGCAUUAAAGGACACCUGACCCCACUCCUUUUCCCCGGUCAUACCUUCUACAGCAGGGAUGAAUAACUAUUUUUACAGCUGCUCUGUGUCACCAGAGUAGAGUCAAAGAUCUCACCUAAUGGGGUUACAUUGUCUUUCAGCCAGUGCAAGUAAGAGGAGAAUCAAGCCCAGUAUAAUCCCUUGGUCUAUAACUCUGACUGUGUAGUUUCCUGGGAUAAUAUAGAGAUGUAUGUAUUGGUCUGUAAUAUAGUUUGGGAAGCCUAUCCUUAAAACAUUAGUAAAAUAGGAUUAUUGUACAGUAAAUUGUAAUAUCAUACCUUCUCACAAGAAGGAGCAGGGAAGUAGAGAGAAUGGAAGUGCUUACAGAUGAAAUAAUAAUUGCCAGAUAUAUACGUAUCAGCUUUCAGAUUAUAACUCAAACUAAAGUUAAGUGAUAUAUAGAUCUGCACAGAUUUAAUUUGAUACAUUGCUGUCAUUAGAACUGAAAUGUUAGGUAAGUAAAUUUAUUCUUACAAUAUAGUAAUUCUAAAAAAGCUUUUAUGAUUGAAAAUGUAACAUUUUCCCAGUGUUGUCAUGUACCUAGACAUUGUUUCAUUUAACAUAAUUUAAAGUCCUAAAUUACACUGCUACUGAAUUCGAGCCUGAAAUCAAAAUUAGUGAUCCAGAGAACUUUAAAAAACAAAAACAAAAACAACCUCCACAAUAUUAUGAUGCAACUCAAAGCAACAAUAGUUUUAGUAUUCUUCAUUCUAGAUAUGCUACAAUUUAAAAAAAGUUUUUAAGUCUAGGACUGUAUUCUUCCCCAAAAAGGUUUCCUUUGUAUCUUUUUUGCUUCCUGAAUUUUGACAAGUUACAAACAUGUACAAAUAAUUUAUCAACCAAAUGAUUUACAUAAUAUGAGUACAAGCCAGAGUACAAUGGUUUUAUUAUAACAAUAAAGAUAUUGGAAUAUAAAACAUCGGCUAAAAAGAGAAAUAAAAACAGCAUAAUACUACACAUUAAAAGCUACCUGUAUUUUAUACAUUAGCAAUAAAAUGUGUUUAUCUGUAUUUUGUGUGUUUACAUUUUUGUAUGUAUGAUGUACAUACCCAAAUUCUGUUUUGAGCUAAAUAUAAACAAUCACCACAGUAAAGUCCCAUUUCAAAGCUAUAAUGGAUUUAGAGAGCUGACAACAUUGAAGUAAAACCUAGGAAAUGUAAACUUUUUAUAUUUAAAAAGCAGAAUGACAUUUACAACAUUUAAACUAAUCGAAUAACAUAAUAAAUAUAUAGUAUGCAAAUAACCAAAUUCAACUGCAUGAUAAUUUCCUGAGCCAAAUUCAGAAUCAUGAUCCUGUCACCCAAUGUCCUCCUGAUGUUGUUCAUAAUGUGUUGAAAUACAACUGUAAAUGUAAAACCAGCUAAUGAGAGGGCUAAUAAAAUAGAACCUCAGAGUUAUGAACACUUCAGAAAUGGAGCUUCUUCAUAACUGAAAUGUUUGUAACUCUGAACAAAAAUUAUGGUUCUUUCAAAAGUUUACAACUGAACAUCCACUUAAUUUACAGCUUUGAAACUUUACUAUGCAGAAGAAAUAUGCUGCUUUUAACCAUCUUAAUUUAAAUUAAACAAGCACAGAAUCAGUUUCCUUACCAUAUCACAUCAUUUUUAAAAACUUUUUUAGUAGUUUACAUUUAACACAGUAUUGUAUGGUAUUUGGGGGGUUUUUUUGGUCUCUACUGCUGCCUUCUACACACUUCUUGUUCCAAAUGAGGUGUGUGAUUGACCAGUCAGUUCAUAAUUCUGGUGUUUCUAACUCUGAGGUUCUACUAGAUAAUCUUCUUAAAUAAACAAGAAUGAGAGGGCAAAAGAGCAUCUUAUACUGUAAUGAUUUAUGUGAUAUGGGCUCCAAUCUCCUGCACAGAAACCACACAGGUGGAGCUGACUAUAUGCUAUUUUUUUAACUUCUUCAAUCAUCUGGGUUGUUGCGGGACAGUUUGGCCUUUGGAAGUAGUUAGAACAGCCUCAAUACUGCUAUGUCUUGUGGACAUCUACAAUGACCUCCUAGGGACCACUAUGGUUUCUGUAGAACAUCUCAGUACCCUGUGCUCAUGCCAGGAGCACUCCUACCCCAUUCGCCGAAGCUGUGGGGGAAUCUCCAGCUUGUCUACAUAGAUUUCUAUUGGGGGAGGCAAGGGUAGGAAUUGUUUUUUUCCAUAAAAUAAAGAGUAAAAUUACUUUCUUAAAUUAAGUGUAAUUAUGUUAAUCUGUAGGAGAUGAGCAUGGCAUUAUUGUUCUGACUGAAUCUGAAUUGAGAGGAUACAAGUUUAACAGACAAUAGUACAUAUACCUGUGAUACCAUCCUAUGUAUUUUAUAUAAAUUAGCAAAUGAAUGAUGUAAGUUAUCACAGUCUCCUUUUGAUGGGUGCCAAUUUACUAUUCAUAUGCUAUAUGUACUAGUUGAAAGUUCAGGCAUUUUAAGGUUUGAGAAAUUAACACAUAAAUUGCAUGAUUAUUUUAGGACUCUACUUGGUAAACAUCAGCAGAUUAUAAACUAGUAUCUAUCCUAUAGUGUAUUUCUAAAAGCAAUUUAUAUAAUUAAAUAAAAGUGUGUAGGCAAGGAGCAGUUUUUAAGGCCCAAAUCCUGCAAACACUUAUGCAUGUCCUUAACUUUAAGCAUCUGAGUUGUCUCAUUGAAGUCGAUGGGACUUCUCAUGUGUUUAAAUUCAGCACAUAUAUAAAUGUUUGUAGGACUGGGGCCUUAGCAACUUUCCUACGGAAUUAACAGUUUUUCCAGCACUGGGUUUGAAAAUUGGUGUUAGUUUACACCCAUUUUUAUACACAUUUAUUUUAUACAGUGUAUAUUUAGUACAUAAUUCUGAGCAACACUAAAAUUGGCAUUAUUAUGUGGCAUUAUGGGCACACUGUAUUUUAUGCUAUUAAAAUUAAUAGUAUAGCAUAUUUAUUUUACAAAUCCAAUGUGCACAUUUUCUGCAUGGGAAAAUAGUUAUUUUUAUUAAGCAAGUCAUUUUUAUCAGGAUGCACGUUAACUGAAAUGUAACACAAGCUUAGCAAACCUGAUCAGUUGGAUAUUUUCAGUACUGUUUCAUUGAAAAUGUUAUACACUAUGUGUUCACUCUGCUAGUGUGAAAAAUACUUUAACUGCUACACUCUCUGUGAAUUUCUAUUUUCUAAAACCACUCUAAAUACAAACAGUUUCUGGGUUUUUAAUAAUUAAUUUGUGAAACAUUAACUUAUAAUUUUUCCCCUUCCCUUUCUUGUUUCACUGACAUUCUGCUCCAUUGGCUUUUCCUGCCACCUCAACUUUUUCCCUGAAGAAUGUGUACAUAGCGUACAUGUAAUGUCCCUCAGCAUCAUUACAAACAUAAUGUCCAGAAAUGUAUGUAACCUUAUGCAUGUCUUCCAUUUGUUGUUCAAUGUCCAUUUUAUUUUAUGUACCCUUUCUGUCUCCAUUUUUG